GUAUUUGUAUAUGUACUGAUUCUCUGCCUGCAAUUCUUGGUAACCAACAAUAGCAUGGGAGUAUUCAUACUCUUUUUUCUCCAAUUCUUCUUCAUCUCACCUCUUCUCGUUUCAUCCUUCGAUGGGCCACUGUACGAUUCAUCUGCUUAUACUGAGUGCAAACUACAACCUGAGAAGCCACUCUACAACGGAGGAAUUCUCAAUAACCCUCUCGUUAACCGGGACCGAAUCAAUUCGCCCUCAUUCGUUCUCCAAAACCUCCAAAAUGCCACUAAAUACUGUUUCUCCAUUUGGAUCAAGAUAAACGAGCCCGAACCAGCACUAGUUCGGGCUAGCGUCGUAACGGAAGCGACAACGUUAAAAUGCAUAGGGACCGUGAUUGCUAAAGAAGGAUGUUGGUCAUUUCUCAAAGGUGGAUUUGUAUUGUCUUCACCAUCAAAUUUAUCCACUCUUUAUAUCCAGAAUCCGGAUGGACGAAACAUCAGUAUCGAAAUUGCUAGUGCUUCUUUGCAGCCAUUCACUGAUCAGCAAUGGAGGCUAAAUCAAGAUACAAAAAUUAAUCAGGCAAGAAAACGUGCAGUAAAUAUUCACAUUUCAGACAAAAAAGGAAUUGGAUUGAAAGGGGCAGGAGUAAGAGUUGAGCUUGUCUCUAAAGAUUUCCCAUUUGGAUCUGCUAUUGCCAGCACCAUUUUAGGAAAUCCACUCUAUCAGAAAUGGUUCGUGGAGAGGUUCAAUGCAGCAGUAUUCGAAAACGAACUCAAAUGGGACGCAACCGAACACACACAAGGCCAAUUGAACUACACGAUACCCGAUCAAAUGGUCGAAUUCGUUCGAUCGAACCAAAUAAUGGCAAGAGGCCACAAUAUCUUCUGGGAGAAUCCAAAGUACAUUCCUAAAUGGGUCCUAAACCUAACCGGGUCGGAUCUAGAAUCCGCGGUCGAGUCGAGAAUCGAAAGCCUGAUGAACAAGUACAAAGAAGAGUUCAUCCACUGGGACGUGAGCAACGAGAUGCUCCAUUAUGAUUUCUAUGAGAAAAACCUCGGCCCGAAUGCCACUCUGCGGUUCUUCGGGUCGGCCCAUCGGGCCGACCCAUUAGCGACGUUGUUCAUGAACGAGUUCAAUGUGGUUGAGACUUGCAUGGAUGCUGAUUCGACGGUGGAUACGUAUGUAUCGAGGAUGAGGGAGUUGAAGAUGGGAGGGGUGUCGAUGGAUGGAAUUGGACUGCAGGGGCAUUUUGACGUGCCGAAUUCCCCGUUGAUGAGGGGCGUUUUGGACAAAUUGGCUACUCUCGGACUUCCGAUUUGGCUUACUGAAGUUGAUAUCAGCAACAAAUUCAACAAAGAAACACAGGCAAUCUACCUAGAGGAAGUUCUAAGAGAAGGAUUUUCACAUCCAGCAGUGGACGGGAUCAUACUGUGGACAGCAUUGCGCCGAGGGGGCUGUUACCAAAUGUGCCUCACAGACGGUGACUUUAACAAUCUUCCAGCUGGAGAAACUGUGGACAACCUCCUCAAAGAGUGGGAUACUGGGAUUUUGAAUGGCCAAACAGACGAGCACGGCUCGUACACAUUCUUCGGGUUCUUGGGUGAGUACAAGGUCACCGCUAAAUACGGGAACGCUACGUUCGAUUCGACUUUCUCGCUGCCACGUGGCAAAGAAACCAAGCAGUUCAACAUUCAAAUGUAACUGUGAACAAAUAUUAUAAUUAAUGUUGUUUCAACAU